GACGGCUGUUUUUUCUUCAAAUUUCUUCACCCAGGAAACUGAAAACCUUCUCCCUAGUAUCGAUAUUGAUCCAAAAUCCCAAGAUUUCUGCAUCCGUUUGAGAUCCAUCUUUUGAUUUCUAAAGUCCUAUUUCUUUGUUGUAGAAUUAAUUCCUUCCGGGUGUCGAGAAUCGAAGCUCUCAUGGCAUCGAAGAAGAAAGAAUCUGAAGGUAUAGCUUUACUCUCGAUGUACAAUGACGAGGACGAUGAGAUGGAAGACGUUGAAGACCAAGAAGAAGAAGAAGACACUGAAAUGCAGCAGCAGCAGAGGCAAGAAGAGGGAGGAGAAGAAGACUUUGGUGGAGUUAGGGUUGCAGAAGAAGAGUCGGUCGCGAACAGUGAUAUAAUGAUUGUCAGUGAUUCUGCUGAUUACUCGAUGCUGCCGGUUGCUGAUGAAAAUUCGACUGCAGCUAAGCCCAAAUUCGGGUCAUCCAUACCGCAACCGACGCAGGUUGUGGUUUCAUCGUCGCCAAUGCUAUUACAAGCUGGUCAAUUCGAUAAUUCUGGUAGGAGAAGGGGGACACUUGUGAUAGUUGAUUACGGUAACGAUGAAGCCGCAAUGUCUCCUGAGGCUGAGGAUGGAGAAAUUGAAGAAUCUGGUCGUGUUACAUUUGGCGAUGAGCUUUUAGGCACUAAUGGUGAUUUUGAUAGAACAUCUCCAGGAACUGUAACGGUCUCAACACCAAACAAUCUAGCCACUCCUCAGAUUUCUGAAUCACCACAUUCUGGUUCAAUGAAUAAUGUGAUACUGGAAUUUGAAACUGAAAAUGUUGAGGAAACUGUUGAAGAAGCGAAAAAAGAUAUUGAUCCCUUGGACAGUUUUCUUCCUCCACCAAAGGAAAAAUGCGCUGAGGAUCUGCAAAGGAAAAUCAAUAAGUUUCUUGAGUAUAAGAAAGCUGGAAAAAGCUUCAAUGCAGAAGUACGCAUUAGGAAAGACUACCGGAAUCCAGAUUUCUUGUUACACGCUGUGAGUUAUCAAGAUAUUGACCAGAUUGGGUCUUGCUUCAGUAAGGAUGUGUUUGACCCUCAUGGAUAUGAUAAAAGUGACUACUAUACUGAAAUAGAGGCUGACAUGAAACGUGAGAUGGAGAGGAAGGAGCUGGAAAGGAAGAAAAGUCCGAGGAUGGAGUUUGUUUUAGGAGGAACACAACCUGGUGGUACAGUUGUGGCUGCGCCUAAAAUAAAUAUACCUUUUUCAGGUGUUUCAGCUGUCGCUGGUAAUGGAUUACAUUCAGGAGCUCAUGCAUCUGAUGCCAUUACUAGAGAUGGAAAACAAAACAAAAAAUCAAAAUGGGAUAAGGUAGAUGGUGAUAUAAAAAAUCCAGUCAUUUCUGGUGGGUCUGAUUCAGCUAGUGCUCAUUCAACUUUACUAUCUGCUGCUAAUGUUGGCUCUGGAUACAUGGCUUUUGCAGCUAGGUGAAAUUCACCACGAUUUAAGAAGAUGGAAAGUUCAAUGAUUGCAAUUGAGAUGUUCAAUGGAUCCGAUUUUGGUUUUUAGAAGAUGCAGAUUAAAGAUUAUCUGUACCAGAAAGAUCUUCACAAACCCUUGUUGGGCUAAAGUCGAAUACAUGACCACGGAGAAGUGGAAGCUCAAGGAUUGUUAGGCCCUAGGAUUGAUCCGGUCGACGCUGUGCAGAAAUGUGGCGUUCAACAUAAUCAAGGAGAAGACAACAUCAAACCUAUUGAAGGCGUUGUCGAAUAUGUACGAAAAACCGUCGGCUAUGAACAAAGUGUAUUUGAUGCAAAGAUUGUUCAAUUUACAAAUGUUUGAAGGUGGAUCUGUUGCUGAUCAUAUAAACGAAUUCAAUGUGAUUGUAAGUCAACGAAGUUUGAUGGAAAUUAAUUUCGAAGAUGAAAUUAAAACAU